AUGACUACUUCAACAACUGAAUCCCAAGUUAACGAUAUCGUUACCAAAUAUAACAAGUUAGAUUUAACUAAAUCAACCCAAAAUGCUACAAUCCAAGUUGAAUUGAAAAAUGCAAAUGGAUUUCAAUCAGGUUUUGGUGAUGAAUACUCUUCAGAGUUACCAGAAUCAACAAAGAAAAGAUUUGCUAAAUAUGGAAUUGAUAUUUCAAAAGGUUAUCCAGAACGUCCUGAAAAUAUAAUAACUUUUUUAGAGGAUGCUUACAAAAUUCGUGAUUCUGCUAACCCUGAUUAUAUCGAACGUGGUGUUAAUGCUGAUCUUGAAAAGAAGGCAUUAUUUGCUAAAGCUAAAGAAGUUAGAAAUUUAACUAAAUAUGUUGGUACUGAAUUAGUUGGCGUUCAAUUGUCUGAUUUGAAUGAGCAAGAGUUGGAUGAAUUGGCAUUGUUAGUUAGUGAACGUAUUGUUGUCUUCUUUAGAAACCAGGAUUUAUCACCUCAGAAUCAAUUGAGAAUUGGUGAAUUCUUUGGUACAAUUGAAAGACAUCCACUUGCUGCUCAAGUUCCUGGUCAUCCUGGUAUCACCACUAUUUGGGGGAAAUAUAACAGAAAAAAUGCUGAUAAAAGCUUCAAGAAAAAAGGUGGAAGAGCAUGGCACACAGAUUUGGAUCAUGAAUUCCAAGGUCCAUCCUUAACUCAUUUACAUCUUGAUGCAAUUCCAGAAAGCUCUGGUGAUACAGCUUGGACUUCAGGUUAUGGUGCUUUUGAUAAGUUGAGUCCUGAAUUCCAAAAAUUCCUUGAAGGAAAAGUUGCAAUUCAUAGAUCUGCUCACAAGUAUUAUGAGCGUGAUAAUAUUCUUGGUGGAUCAAAACAUAUUGAAAGGGAACACCCAUUAGUUGUUACUCAUCCUGUUACUGGUUGGAAAGCUUUGUUUGUUAACAGAUCCCAUACUGUUAGAAUCAAAGAUUUAGAGCCAGAAGAAUCCCAGGUUGUGUUAAACUAUCUUUAUGAUGUUUUGGAAAAGAAUUUGGACAUUCAAGCCAGAUUCACUUGGGCUGUCCCUGAUCAAGAUAGAUCAUUGGGUGCCAGUGCUAUUUGGGAUAACAGAGUUAGUAAUCAUUAUGCCAUUGAUGACUAUGAUGACAAAGAAGACCCACGUCAUGGUACCAGAGUAACUUCUUUAGGGGCUCCACCUGUUUUCAAGGAAAAUUCCAAAAGUCAACGUGAAGCAUUGGGUCUUGAUAACUAGAUGGUAUGAAUGGAUCUGUUUUUCUUCUUCAAUUUGAUGUAUAAGACUUGACAAAGGAUGAUAUGAAUAAGAACACAACAAAUAAGUAAGCAGCCUAGUAGAACCAACCAAUCCCUUAUGAACUUGGGAAAGCAGUAAAGAAAG